AUGAGAAGAGUCGUCAUUGCCACCAUUUUGGGAUUCCUCGCUUUCACCUUGCUGAUGGUGAACAGCAUUGAAGCCGCUUGUACCUACAAGACAACGAACGGAAAGACCAUUGAUGUUACCAGCGUGGAUAAACAAGGUGGUUACAAUAUUAUUACUGGACAAGAUUGGGAUUAUUAUUUCAAUGUUUGUGAACUUCCUGUUACAUCACCAUCUGGAAAAUGUUCCUUCACACCAACUCCACAAGCCUAUCAAUAUUCCUCCAAGUGGAACGAUUGCUACCCUAUUGGUACCAAGGGAAGUCCAAAGAUUGUUCCUCUCGUUCCAACCGAUGAAACUCAAGGUGUUAAAAUCACUCAUGAAGCCUACGCCUAUGGAACUUCAAAGAGAGAACUUGUUAUCAAAUUGAAGUGUGACCAAAAUGCGGCCUCGACCACUUUCACAUUCGACGGUGAGACCACAGGUGCCAUUAGUACUUACACUGUCAGUGGUAGCUCCAAGUAUGCUUGUGUUGAUACUGCUCCAGGACCAGAUCCAAAUAACCCAAGUGAUGAACCAAUUAUGGGACAAUAUGGUAUUGGUGGAUUGUUGUUGACAUUGUUGCUUGUUGGAUUCAUUCUUUACUUUAUUAUUGGAGCUCUUGUUUUGAAGUUUGCCAUGAAGAAGUCAGGAACUGAAAUUAUUCCACAAUUUGGAUUCUGGAAGGAUUUACCAUUCCUUUUACUUGAUGGAAUUAUGUUACCAGUUGAUCUCAUUAAGGGAUGUAUGGGUAAGAACAAGUAUCAAGAAAUGGCAUAA